UACGGAAAAAUUGAGCGGUUCCUCUGAUGCUGUUUGGCUAACAGCUCAAGAAAACAGAUCAGGAAAAAAAGUUUUCAAAGGAACAUUACGCUACCUUGGGCAAAGUUAGCUACAACGACGGCGUCUUGGUUUAGAAAAUGAAUAAUUUUUUCCAUAUCAACCCGUUCAACUUCCAUAUUCUGCUUGAAAUUUUCGUCUUCCUGGGUGAUAUUUACCAGUCAAGUUCCUCACUCACAUAUCGCCAUAGUUCAAACCCAUGUAAAGGAGAAGAUUUAGGAGAGAAAGGGGGUUGCAAGUGCGACGGAAAUGAACGACUUGGAAGAAUAAUAGAUUCGGCUAGUCUUCAAGAAGUCAAGAAUGUUAUUUCUGAUGAUAAACCUUACUGGAUAGGAUUAAGCUAUGAAAAAGGGAAAGGCUUCUGUUGGAUAACAGAGAAGUACGAUCGAUGUGACGAGCGUCCUGCGGACCAGAAAUCGUUGACCAAUAUCAUAUAUGGAGAAAAAGAGGACUGGAAACCAGGGUGGUACUGCUUUUUGGUCCGUAAAAGUGAGGUUAAGAUGAAAGCGAAAAACUGCCAUGAUAAUGAGCGCUUCCUCUGCGAGACGGGUAACAACUCAAUUAACUAUUUCAGUUGUAGAGUGACACAAUGCGAGAUGAAACAUUGAAAAUGACAAACAGACAACUAGUCCGGCAAAGUUAUCGAUAAGAAAGGUUGCAAUGGAUAAUGAACGUUUGAAUUCACUUAAGCAGCAGAUGGGAAAAUAAUAUGAUAGUUCUACUGGUCAGAUCUCAUAAUUAGCUCUUAAACUUUGAUAAAAUCUGUAAUAGCUAAUACUUGAAUUCACGAAGUUACUUACCGACAAGUUUAUCACGCAUUAUGUGCGUGCAUCGCCAUC